UGCGAGGCGGGAAAGUUUGCGCGGUCCCGCCCCUUUACACCCCUUGCGCGCCACCUGCUUGGGUAGACUUGGCGCGGUUCUUUUUUUACCUCUCGUGAACGCGCAAUUGCCCUCGCCCCCCCCCUUUCUUUCACUGAAUCUCGCGAGAAAACCAGCGGUUUCACUAUCGUGUUUACACUAAUUAAACCCAUUACCCCCGAUAAUCCGAACCGAGCCGAUCCGGGUUAAGUCGGGCGGGUGGUUCCGGAGCGGGCCUGGGCCCGUAAGAGCAGAAAAUUCUCUAACGUCUCCCGCCCUCCCACAGUUUGACUUAUAUUCCCAACAUUUCGGUGGUUUUUGAGGUAAAAAAAUCAAAAUAAUCGAUCCCCUCACUUAAAAAAAUAUUAUAAUCCCCAUCACCCCCCUGGGAAGGGGGGAACAACCACUGGGGGGCGCCUUCCCCCUCCCGCCCCAUCUAUGACAGGCGAGCCGGCGCCAGGAGGGUGGGGCGCGGGGUUCCGCGCUUAGGAAAGCUCGGGGAUUUGCGGCCUAGUGGUGUGAAGCUUGGGAGCCGAGCAGCGAGAGGAAGGAGCGCCAUCACCAUCCCCCCCGAGGGGACGAGGCACGAAAGUCUCCCCAAGACCCGGGGGCCGAUCCACUGAGGGAGAGAGUGGAAAUGAUGGAAGAGUUGCAUAGUCUGGAUCCAAGGCGCCAGGAAUUGUUGGAAGCACGGUUCACAGGGGUAGGUGUUGCAAAGGCUCCUUUAAACAGUGAAUCCUCCAACCAAAGUCUUUGCAGUUUGGGUUCUCUGAGUGACAAAGAACUUGAGACUCCUGAGAAGAAGCAGAAUGAUCAGAGGAAUCGGAAGAGAAAAGCAGAUCCAUAUGAAACUAGCCAAGGGAAGAACACUCCAAGAGGACAUAAAAUUAGUGAUUAUUUUGAGUUUGCUUGUGGAAGUGGACCGGGGACAAGCCCAGGCAGAAGUGUUCCACCUGUAGCCCGAUCCUCACCACAACAUUCCUUAUCAAACCCAUUACCUUUACCGAGUCAGCAAUGCAGCCCUCCUUCUACUGCACCAGUGAACCCAGAGCAUUCCUGCGCGUCCUUUAAACAUAUUUCCGUCCAGCACAGGUGCACACAGUCUGACCUCACAAUGGAUAAGAUAUCUGCUCUUGAAAACAGCAAAAGUUCCGACCUUGAAAAAAAGGAGGGAAGAAUAGAUGAUUUAUUAAGGGUAAACUGUGACCUAAGGCGACAGAUGGACGAGCAGAAGAAAAUGCUGGAAAAAUAUAAAGAACGGUUAAACAGAUGCGUGACAAUGAGCAAAAAGUUGCUCAUAGAGAAGUCUAAACAGGAGAAAAUGGCUUGUCGGGAUAAAAGCAUGCAGGAUCGCCUGCGCCUGGGACACUUUACUACUGUCCGACAUGGGGCCUCUUUCACUGAGCAGUGGACAGAUGGUUAUGCCUUCCAGAACCUUAUCAAGCAACAAGAACGUAUAAAUACCCAAAGGGAGGAGAUUGAAAGGCAAAGAAAAAUGCUGGCAAAACGGAAACCACCUGCAAUGGGCCAAACCCCUCCAGCCAACAAUGAGCAGAAGCAAAGAAAAAACAAGACAAAUGGAGCAGAGAAUGAAGCGUUGACAUUAGCAGAGUACCAUGAACAGGAAGAGAUCUUCAAGCUAAGAUUAGGACAUCUUAAAAAGGAAGAAGCUGAAAUUCAAGCAGAACUUGAACGUCUCGAGAGAGUGAGGAAUUUGCACAUUAGAGAGCUAAAAAGAAUACACAAUGAAGAUAACUCACAAUUUAAAGACCAUCCAACGCUAAAUGAUCGAUAUCUGUUGCUUCAUCUUUUGGGUAGAGGAGGCUUCAGUGAAGUGUAUAAGGCGUUUGACUUAACGGAGCAAAGAUAUGUAGCUGUGAAAAUUCACCAAUUAAAUAAAAAUUGGAGGGAUGAAAAGAAGGAAAAUUACCAUAAACAUGCCUGCAGGGAGUAUCGUAUCCACAAAGAGCUUGACCAUCCAAGGAUUGUGAAGCUGUAUGACUAUUUCUCCCUUGACACAGACUCGUUUUGCACUGUGCUCGAGUACUGCGAGGGAAAUGAUCUUGACUUCUACUUGAAGCAGCACAAGCUAAUGACAGAAAAGGAAGCGCGCUCUAUCAUCAUGCAGAUUGUAAAUGCCCUUAAGUACCUGAAUGAAAUCAAACCGCCCAUUAUACAUUAUGACCUGAAGCCAGGUAAUAUUCUGUUAGUCAACGGUACUGCUUGUGGGGAGAUUAAAAUCACAGAUUUUGGUCUUUCAAAAAUAAUGGAUGAUGACAGUUAUAAUUCAGUUGAUGGAAUGGAGCUUACAUCACAAGGAGCUGGAACCUACUGGUAUCUGCCUCCUGAAUGUUUUGUAGUUGGAAAAGAACCUCCAAAAAUCUCAAACAAAGUAGAUGUAUGGUCUGUAGGAGUCAUUUUCUACCAGUGUUUGUAUGGUCGGAAGCCCUUUGGACACAACCAGUCCCAGCAAGAUAUCCUGCAAGAAAACACCAUCUUAAAAGCCACAGAGGUGCAAUUUCCUCCCAAGCCAGUUGUGACCCCUGAAGCCAAGGCUUUUAUCCGUCGAUGCCUCGCCUACAGGAAAGAAGAUCGAAUAGAUGUGCAGCAGCUUGCUUGUGAUCCUUACCUACUGCCACACAUCCGCAAAUCAGUCUCUACAAGUAUCCCAGCCAACGCUGCUGUAGCGUCUACAUCUGGUUCCUCCAAUAAUAGCUUGUCAAACUGAGAACCCAGCAUUGCAUUAAAGAACAGUUAUUGGGACAAGCAGAAGGUUCAGUCAUUUGGUGGCUUCUGGAGAUUUUUUUUCUCCCUUUUCGUGGAGAAGUAGUGCAUUUUCAGGACAAAAAAAAUGAACUUGAGUUUGGCUUUUUAGAGCCACAUACAGCUGGAUUGAAUUUUGGGGUCUUGUGAAAGAACCGCUGCAGGAAUUCUAAACAUUCUUUUAAAGUGCUUUCACAAUAAGGAGAGGAGUGUGCAGAUGAGACUUGGUCUGUGAGCUGGACCUAAACCUUUCCUUCCUCAAUGCCAGACUGCUGUUUUUCUUCACACUCAAAUUGAACACCCUUCAGUCCAGAGAACUGACUUACAUAAAGCAGUUUUUCCAGGAGUGGAAACUUUGAGUACUGAACUAGAGAAUCCGUUGAUAUUUAAACCUGUUCUGUUUCCCCCCCCUUCAUCCAUUUUUCUUAAAGACUCAAGUAAACAGUUUCAAGAUUGGAUAAACACAAUACCACCGUCACCCUAAUCAUCAGUAAGAAGUUAAGAAGCUCUUUCCUGAGGUCAGAAGUAUUUUGUUUAAACCUCUCCAUUAAAGAUUUAUUAAUCUGGCAGGUCCUAGUUUUUAUUAAAGUGAAAUCCAUAUUAUUAGGGACAGAAAAGAUAGUCUAGCUGCUUCCUUUAAUGAUGUGUCACAAACAGCCCUUUGCACCUUACCAUUUUGCUGUGGUUGUUUAUUAGGCAUGGCAGAAUUGGACUCCUAGCCUAUGCCUUUUAUUUACAAUAUGGAAAUCAAAUGCUGCAGUGGGUGGGGUAAUGGGGGGUUAGGAGAUUCAGCAGUCUGUGUCCUCCCUGCAUUUGUUUUAUGAUAUUUUAGCAGCGUGGCAUGUGUAGAUCCUUAUGCGGCUUAUCAAUUGAGCAAGGAGCACAUAAGGUAUUCUAACCAGACAAGCAUCCGCACCUUUUCAGAACAGAGGUAUACAAUGCAACACCGGGACAAUCCUUCUGAAUAGAAUUGAAAGGUGAAUGCAAAUGCUGGGUGAGAAACAGUAUAUUUUGACAGGGGGAGUCUUGCACCAAGGUGUUUAAAUACCACAUAAAAAAUGGGUUGUGCCUUUUUCACAUUGCCACGGCAAGCUUUAACACACCACUAAACCCCCCCCCCCCCAAAUGUUAGCAAAGUAAGAGAGUGACAACUAGACACCUAAAACAUUCUGUAGUCUUCACAAACCAUCUCUUCCCAGGGCAAUUUUUUUCUGCACAACCACAUAAAAUAGUUGCACCUAUUGUUUCAAUCUCCACCUCUCUGACCCAAACUGUUCAUUAAGUUGUGCUAUUUGGCAUUUCUCUUGCCUAGACUGGUGGCAGAGACACCAUAGGAGAGGGGGUUACUGUUGCUGGAGUCUCAUUCCCCUCACAUCUGUUUCAUUUAAGUGUCUUGAGGAGGACAGACACUGCUGGCUGGGGAGCAGUCAGUCAGGGCUUUGGCCCAAGGCUAUGCCACCUAGGUGGCCAUGGGUCCCAACUCAGAGCCCCUCCAGCCCACCCUUUAGGUUUUUUUAUGGACUGUUAACCUAAACACUACGCUGUGUGCUAAGUAUGGGUAGAACUAUGGGUCUCCAUCAGAUGCUGAAUUACUUAACCUGACCCUGUCUCCAUGUCAAAGCAUGCUGGGAGGGGGCUCAGUUCAAUAAGUGAUUGUGGUGCGAGAUCCAUAUUUUUAUAUAUUUUACAGACAGACUAAACAUAGUUAUUUUUGCUAGUACCAUCUUACCUGUAUUUUAACAAAUAAGGGUAUUUCUUAUUAAAGGUCUCAGUGCUUGUUUUUUCCCCUCUGCACGUUUUUUUGUUUUUAAUGAAGUAAUGCAGUAGGUGUCAUCCAUGUCACCCAUUUUCUAGCACAUCAAUGGCACAAUCUAAUGACACAAAGUGGAUGUCUUAACAUUUUGUUCUUUUAAAACCAAAAAAAAAAAACACAUCAGUUAAGUUAAUAUGGGUUCCACUUUGCUCAAGUAAAAAAAUGACAAUAUAAAAUUACUGUUUUCUGUUAAAAAAUGAUCCUGGAAUGUUUUUCCACGUCAAAAUUUUUUUUUCAGUUUACCCAAGCAAAAGAAAACAAACUGUUAUUAAAAUACAUUUGGAGAAGCUGAA